GCAUCAGUUAGUGGGAGGUAGGCAGGUGGUGGUGGUGGCGGCUGCACGGUUGGAAAUGUUGUAAAGCCCGAAACGAGGCACACAAACAGAGGGCGCUCAACUCGGGGGUUAGGUGGCCGGGGGUGGGGGGGGCGUUUAACGAAACUUUAACCCGGGGAGACGGGGACGGCUAAGAAGCUCGGGCAGGAGGGGGGGGCGGGUUGAAAAUGAGCGAGCCGGUCGCUCUCGCCGAAGCGGGGGGUGAGGCGCCAGUGGCGGCGGCGGCGGCGGCAGUGGUGGUAGCAGGCGGGCGGCAGCAGCAGGAGGAGGAGGAGGCGAGGGAGAAGGAGGAGGAGCAGGAGCGCGAGACGCCUGCGCGCGAGCAACCGCCGGCGCCUGCGCGCGAGCCGCAGUCGACGCCGACCGUUGGGGGCGGCGCGGACGGCAGAGGGCGAACGUCUCCUCCGAAGGCGCGCGGCGGCGGCAACGAUGGCGGCGGCGGCGGAGCACCACCUCAGGCGCGGCGCCAGCCGACGCCGGGCAGCGACGGGGAGGUUCACUCGGCCCCGGGCAAGAGGAAGCACCGGAGGCGCCCGUCCAAGAAGAAGCGCCGCUGGAAGCCCUACUUCAAGCUGACGUGGGAGGAGAAGAAGGAGUUGGACGAGCGGGAGAGCGUGAGGGCGGCCAAGACCAGGGCCGAGAUGUUCGCGAAGGGCUUCACGGUGGCGCCGUACAACACCACCCAGUUCCUGAUGGACGAGCACGACCGCGAGGAGCCCGACCUGAACCCCGGCUUCUGCCCUCACGCCGUGGCCGCCGCCGCGGCCGCCGCCGCCGCCCACCACCACAAGCGCGGGGCCGGCAAAGCGGACGACAGCAGCGGCGAGGACGACGAGCUGCUGCUGCUGGAGGAGGCGGAGGAGGAGGAGAGCGGCAGCGACGGCAUGGGGGGCUCGGGCAGCGAGUUCCUCCAGAGGGACUUCUGCGAGACCUACGAGCGGUACCACGCCGAGACCCUGCAGAACAUGAGCAAACAGGAGCUGAUCCGCGAGUACCUGGAGCUGGAGAAGUGCCUGUCCCGGCUGGAGGACGAGAACAACCGGCUGAGGCGCCGGCUGGACGGCCAGAAGCAGCAGCAGCAGCAGCAGCAGGCGGCGGCCCGCGGGCCGGAGGCGGCCGGCGGCGGCGGCCCGCGGGCCGACGAACUGGCGCGGGAGCUGGAGAAGCUGCGGGGCGAGAACCGGAGGCUGCUGAGGGAGAGCGAACUGUGCCACCGGGAGGGAGAGCGAGAGGGAGAGAGAGAGCCGCCCCAGGAGUAGUGCGGAGUGAGCGAGCACUUGGUCUGUUUCUCUUGUGUGUGUGUGUAUGUGUGUGUCUCUCUCUUUCUCUCUCCCUUUCACCUUCUCCCUCCUCCCUCCCUCCCUCCCUCAUCCGCUCCUCGAGUGAGCUCUGUACCCCUCUGUAAAUAUUUUUAGUCCCCCUCCCCAUCCCCUCCUCCUCAACCGCCCCCCCUCCACCUCCACCGACUUUGUAUAGUUUCUGAACUUAAUUGUCAUUUUUUAAAAAAAAACUUCUUCUCGUUCUGGAGGGUUUUUUUUUCUUCCUCUCUCUCUCUCUCUCUUUCUCUCUCUCUCUCGUUGUUGUUUUUGGAGCUAAUUGGUUUUGCUUUUUGCGAUCUUAAAAAUAUAUAUCAAAUGGGGAAAAAAAAAUGAAAGCGAAGUUGAAAAAAGAAAAAAAAAAUGUCGGGGCUGGUUCUUGAACCUCUGAAUACCGGUUGAAGUCUGCGCCAAAUGCAAAUGGUUUGCUCGAAAAUAUGCCCCGGUGAUCAGGUGGUGAUUUUUUUUUCUCUCACAGGUUAACCAAUACCUUCUCUCUCUUUUUUUUCCCCCUUGAUCCAAUGUACAAAUUCGAUCCAAGUGUACAAACUGUAGGGGUGUGUUUAUUUAUGGGGUUUUUUUUUUAAAAAAAAGAAAAGUGGGUAUAAUUUUUCGCAAAGGUAAUUUGUAAAUUACCUUUUGUUGCCUUUUUGUAAAUUUUUACUGAUCUGUAUUUUUGCCAAAUUUGAUCUCUUGGAUAAUACCCUCUCUAUGUGGUCUGACAAAACUCUGUAUAUCAUAGGUUUUAUCAGUUGUUUUGAGCCCUCUGCAUGCCAGACACGUAAUAUACCCCCAGCCUUGCUUUCAAAUGUCAGCGUAAAGAUUUUAAAACAGUUUACUAAUGUUUUGUACCGCACCUCUGUAAGCGGCUUCCAGCAAAAGUGCAUCAACAGAAACCAAUUAGCCCAAUGUUCUGUAGAAGCUUUCAAAUGCAAUGUUUUGCUUCUGGUAGGGAUUUGGGAGUCUUGUGUAUAUGUGCGCGUAUGUAUGUGUGUUAAUGCAUCAAUCCAUCUUGAGCUUUGCUAUUAAGUUUUUUUUUAAAAAAAGAGAAAACUCUUGAUUUGCCUAGAAAGUAUAAAGCUGUACUAAGUACAUUGCAUACUGCAAUUUUUGUUUUUACUGUUAACACAAGAAGCUGGGUUACUUUCCAAUCUUGCUGAAGAGGACAUUUUUUUAAAAAUGGAGAAUAUUUCCAAAUGUGUGCCUUUCAAUGGCUCCAUAUUCCAUUACUAAGAAUAAAAUUAGUGUGUCUCUUCCUCUCUAAAUUGAUCUUGAUCUGUUGUCUUAUUAAAAUUUAUUAAAUCUUCAGGGUUCUGACCCGGAA